AUGUUCCUCAAAUCCAAUCUUGCUCCUGGAGUGAACAUCAUCGCUGCCUGGCCUCAAAACUUGGGCCCCAUCGCUCUUCCAGAAGAUUCUAGAAGAGUGAACUUCACCGUCAUGUCAGGGACUUCCAUGGCUUGUCCACAUACCCCAGCAGCUAUUAAAUCUGCAAUCAUGACAACAGCGAAAAUCACAGACCAUUCAGGAAGGACAAUAAUGGAUGAAGACAAACCUACAGGAGUUUUCGCGACUGGAGCUGGACAUGUAAACCCCAAAAGAGCCAUCAAUCUAGGACUGGUAUAUGAUAUCAGGCCAGAUAAGUAUUUCACUCAUCUGUGCACCCUGGGAUACACAAAAUCAGAAAUUUUCACAAUUACUCACAGAAAUGUGAGUUGCCAUGAGACUUUGCUGGAGAACAGGGGUUUUAGCAUCAAUUAUCCCUCGAUUUCAGUGAUGUUCACGUCCAGGAAGAUGAGUAAGGUGAUCAAAAGGCAAUUGACAAAUGUAGCGAGUCCUAAUUCCAUUUACUCGGUCGAAGUAGUGGAACCU